UAUCAAAACAGAGAUAGAGCACAGGAAGAGCAAGUAAAAUUUUUUGAAAGGAAAUAAGCAAGGUCUGUUCUCGUCUGUAUUUUCGUAUUUUGCCUUCGGCGUCUGCCUUCCAAAAAAAUAUAUUUGGCGCCUUUAUUCGCCAGAACUCUUUACCAGAACUGGUUAUAACAAAGAAAAAAAGACCUCUAAUUUUAACCACAAUUUAACAAUCGUUUUUUUGCUUUACUACUAGAAAUUCUUUUUUUCUAGCAGAUAUUUAAUAUCGAACGUGUAUAGGUUAAUUUUUAUUUAAAAAGGGGCCCUUUUCAGUUUGUACUUAACAUAAAAUAUGGACGACGAUUGGGAUGAUGGAGCCGUGGUGUCUGCACCUGCAAUGACCGGCAUUAUAUCAGAAGGGGGUACGAAAUUCUCUGCUGGACGUGGAUAUAAAGCUUCAAGUACAGGCAAUAGCGAAUGGGACUCGAACAAUGCAACAAGUGGUUGGGACGAUGCACCAUCUUCCGGGUAUCAGGGAAAUAAAGGAGGCGGUCGUGGAGGAAGAGGAGACAGGGAGGACCGUGGUAGGGGGCACAGAGAUGGUCGUGGUAGAGGAAAUAGGGAAGAUCGUGGGAACUUCAGGGGAGGUCGAAGAAAUGAUAACGACAACAAUGGAGAAUGGGAAACCCCCUCUGAUUCAUGGGGAGAAAAUGGAAAUGGAAAUGGUUUUUCCAGCGGUGGUGAUUUUGAAAGUGAAGGUCGAGGGGGCAGAGGUCGCGGUGGUAGAGGAGGUAGAGGUCGUGGUGGCAGAGGCGGUUUUCGAAACGAGGAAAGGAGCAACGAUUGGGGCGGUGGCGACUCCAAGAACGGUGGCGGCGGUCGUUUUGGUGGAAAAGAAGAUGGGGAAGACGACGGAGCCCCACCGAAACCCAGAGACAUUUACGUACCUGAGGAGAGGGUCACCGACGAUGAUCUUUUCACCACCACAAUUACGUCGGGCGUCAAUUUCAUGAAACUGGACGAAAUAGAAGUAAAAGUUACAGGGGAGAACGUCCCGAACCCCCUAACUUCUUUCCAGAGUUCUGAAUUGAGACCGCAUUUGUUAAAGAACAUUGAGAAAUCAGGGUAUACAAAGCCGACUCCUAUACAGAAGUAUGCCAUUCCUAUCAUACUCGCUGGUAGGGAUUUGAUGGGUUGUGCUCAAACUGGCUCAGGAAAAACAGCGGCCUUUUUAUUGCCGAUGAUCAAUAAGAUCCUCGCAAGCCAAGAAGCCCCAGAAACCGACGGCAAUACUUGUAAUCCUAAGGUGGUUGUUGUUAGCCCUACAAGAGAAUUAGCCAUUCAAAUCAAUGAACAAGCAAGGAAGUUCGCCCAUAACUCUAUUGUAAAAUGCGCUGUAGCCUAUGGAGGAACAUCUGUAUCACAUCAGAGGAAUGUUGUUAAAGAAGGGUGUCAUAUCUUGGUAGCCACUCCAGGCAGAUUAAACGAUUUUGUGACACGUGGCCAUGUGUCAUUCUCUUCAGUCCAGUUCUUUGUCUUGGAUGAAGCUGAUAGGAUGUUGGACAUGGGCUUCUUACCUACGGUGGAAGAGAUGUUGGGUCACGCCUCCAUGACAGCCACUGGUGAGAGACAAACCUUGAUGUUUUCUGCCACUUUUCCUGAAGAAAUCCAGCAUUUAGCAGGAAAAUUUUUGCACAACUAUGUUUUUGUAGCAGUGGGAAUAGUGGGUAGUGCCUCAACUGAUGUGACACAAGAAGUUCAUCUUGUCACUCGAUUUGAGAAGAGGACUAAACUUAUUGAAAUGCUUAAAGGCACCAAAGAGCGUACCGUCGUUUUCGUCGAAACCAAAAGAAAUGCCGAUUUCUUGGCUACGUUUUUGAGUGAAAAUGACAUUCAGUCGACCAGUAUACAUGGCGACCGACUUCAGAGGGAAAGAGAACAAGCCCUGUGGGAUAUAAAGAAAGGUAUCAGACACAUUUUGGUGGCCACUGGUGUUGCGGCUCGAGGUCUCGACAUCGAAGGCAUUCAGCAUGUCAUCAACUACGACCUGCCCAAGAGUAUUGACGAGUACGUGCAUAGAAUAGGCAGGACCGGACGAGUUGGCAACAGUGGAAAAGCGACCAGCCUCUUCGACGAGAGUUGCGACAGGGCCUUGGCUGGACCUUUGGCCAACAUUUUGCGGCAGGCAGGUCAAAAUGUACCAGAUUUCCUUAGCAACGCCGGAGGUGGGGGUGGCGGUGAUAGCGACAUCUUCGGAGGCAGAGAUAUUCGAGGGGAUGAUUUUGGCAAAGGUCAAAACUUUGUCCAACAACCGGCCGAAAUUGAAGAAGAGGAUUGGUAAUUUACCCAUGAAUUUUUGUUUACCUCGCAAUCAAUUCGGAUCUAUUUUUUUAAAAAUAUAUUUUGCCAAUGUUUUUUUUUUUAAAUACUUUAUGGAAUCUUGCUUUUGUUAAUACCUCUAUAUUUUUGAACUUUUCGUUUUUUUUUGCUGUGUUCUUGUUAUGGAAAAUCAUUCCCCUUUCUAAUGCAUCUGUGAUACUCUCUUUACUUAUUGGUAUUUGUGGAGAGAGUGAGAAAUAUUAAUCACUGGAAAGUUAGAAGCUACUACGUUUUGAUGAGAUCUGUUUGUAACUUUUAGGAUAUAAAUAGUAUAUAAAGAUUACGUUUCCUGUUAAGUUGAAGUUUGUUUGUGUUCUAUUUUUUUUUGAACAUUUGACAUGUUGAAGAGUUUUUUAAAUAAAGGUAAAAAUAAAAUA